GUUGAAUAAAAUAUAAAGCCAUAACAACAAAAGGUGAAACAUGGAAGAGCUCAAGCAAAGAAUUGGGCGACUCAAAUUGGCGGAUGACCUGAAGCAAAAACAGGUAAUCCAGGAUCGCCUGCUGCAGAGGAUUCUGUACUCCAAGCGCCUGCUGGUGGACCAUGUGGAGGCACUUGAGCAAUGUUUGCAGGAGUUGCAGGCAUCCUCGAAACCCGGCCGGCAAUUGCUAACCACGAGGAACGCCUGUCUGAUUGUGGGCAGCACUCUCGUGGAGCACCUAAACCCCCGGGGAAUCCGAUACACGAUGGUUCCAUCCAUUCUGCUGACAGGAACCUUUGCCGCUUUGUGCGCCGUUAAGACAGUGUUUGUUUGCCGAAACAAAAUUGUAGAGCGGAAGUUAGAGCAACUGGUUAAAACCAUCGAUGAAUUUGGCAACUGUAUCCGGCGGAAUAUGACGUACUUUCAGGAGAUCAUCAUCAUGAAGCAGGCGGAGCUGAUAGAAUCCCGCCAAAUAGAGCGUGCCUGGGAUUGCAUAACGGCUGCCAAAGAGGUAACCGAGAUCCUUUACGAUGCCACCCGCAAACUGGAGACGGAUUAUCCCCUGCCGGCAAAAUACGGAUCCUAUUAUGCACCCAUGGAGGAGCUGCGAGAGUGCGAGUACUUCAAAAACAAUGUCACGGAUUACAGUCCUAAACACAUAAAGGAUUUCCACAAUAUCUUCGCCUAUGUGCAGUCACAAUACCUGCUCCGGCUGGCCCUCACCAUCACCACUCGUCCCUCGAUCUCCCAGCUGAGCGACGACCUCGUGAAGAUCGACUGCCUGGUGCGGCAGUUGGUGCAGGAGGAGGAGCAGCACUUCAGCAACCUGGCGCUGGCCAUGCAGAACAGGAAGCAGAUGGAACUGGCCGAGUUGAAUGCCACCAAAACGGAGCAGCAAAGAAGCGGACCAAUUGCCGUACUGCAGCAUUCCUCGCUGAAACUCAGUGCUUGCAUGGUGGCCGUGGCCGGAGAAUGCCAAGCUCUAGAUGUGACCCUUCAGCAACUGACGGCCACCGAAGCGGCGAACAGGAACAACUCCAAAGAACUGGUGGCUGUGGCCAACAACAUGCAUGGCAUUGAAAAUGCCCUCGCCGUUUGCUGUGAUGAUUUCCAACGCUUGAUGCUGGUUUACAACAAGUUCCUGCACAGCCAGCUGAACUUGGAGGGCGAGUUGCCGAAACCCAAACAGGAACUGGAUGAUGAGUUCCCCGAGAGCAUUCUGCGGGUGGAGUUCUCGCAGAAUGUGGAUGCGCCGCAGCAGAAGGACGACUUUUAUGCGUAUAUGUACGAUGAAAACGAGGAGCAACAGUUCGAGGCAGAGCAGCAUGCUCCGUUCCCAUCGCCCGAAAAGGAACUGCUGAACUUUGAAAAGCGCAUCACCAAGGGUAAAUUCAAGCCUGUGCUCAAACAGCUCAAGGAUCGCAUUGAUCCCAUUCGGCAGGUGAUGCUGGAGAAGGAACGGGAAGUCCUGGCCUCCAAGGGCAUAAAUGUGGACGAGCUCUUUGGUAAAAUCGAAAACAUAGAGCAGCAGCAGGAGGACAACCGACUGGCGGAUGCCAAACGAUCUCCUGCCUCCGAUUCUUCCUCCAAUUCGGAUUCAGAUUCAGCAAAUGAGGAGGCCUUCAAGCGACGCAGCAAACAGCACAAGGAGCGUGAUAACUUUGCCGAGAUGCGGCAAUUUCUGGCCCAAAAGCAGGCCAUCAACCUGUUUAAGCUACCACCACCAACUGUUGCCGCCGCCGAGGAGGAGCUGCUCGAAAGUGAAUGCUAGUUCACCAUUCGUUGGUUCGUCACAUGCCCACUAUCUCCGCUGCUCUGGGUAUUAUCUGUUUAAGCUAUAUCGUUUAUCUAGCCAACUGGGGAGAUAAAACGCUCGCCAAGCGACGCCUCUUCACCCGGAAAACUCAUAUCCUGCCUUUCGAUCGUUCCUUUGUUUGUGUUGACUAGACUUUUUUUAUUCCACACUGUUGCAAGCAUAAAAUAAAAGUUUUUGAGAAGUCAUAUAGAAACCCAAAGGCCUUACCUCACUAUAAUCUUUUUCCACACUUAUUCUGUAUAUGUGAAAGUUAAACUCAUUUAAGAAGAGUUUUUUAUUUAAAAUAUCCCUCAUGGAAAAAAACCUAAAUUAAUUUCAAAUGGUGUAGACAACUUAUAUUUAAUUAAAAAACAAAAGGAAGCCCUUUAUUUUGAAAUACAUUUGUAAAACAGCCUGGAAACUUAGUUUAUAUAACCCAGUAAAAUGUUAUUUGUACUUUUAAUUUCCCACACAAAAAUUUAGAAAAGUAAAACCUUAAAAAACCUUUAACUUUAAAUUAAUCACUCGUUUUCAAAUAUAUUCAAGCGCUAAUUUA